AGAAGGCAUCGAAAGAGAAAAAGAAGUAACAAAGUAGGCGAAAGUUUACUGUUUUGUGCAGAAAAGGUGAAAUAUUUGUCUUUUUUUAUUGAUUACCUCGAAAUUCUGCAGUGUUCUAAAUUGUCUUCAAGUUGCUUCAAAAAUUUGCUAUCUGAAGAUCCUUCUAUUUGCUUACAAUCAGGAAAAUUAGAGCAUGAGAAUGAAGAUGCCCGAUCACAAUAUUGGCAGCAGCAGCACCAACAGUGGCUACUCCACGAAUGGUAACUUUAGUGACAGUUAUGACUCUGAUCCGGAGGGUUAUAUAACUCCUCCCAACGAGGACAGCUCGGUUGGAGGUCCCAAUUACGAUGAGGAUUUCUCCGAGUAUUUGUGGAUGGAGAACGAGGAAGAGUUUGACAAGCAGGAAAUGCAACGGUUGGAAGAGGAAGCUCUUAUGGAGCAAUGUAUCGAGGCAAUGCUACAGGACGAACUGGAGGCGCAGGAGUGCGAGGAUCGGGAGGCGGCUGCAGCCCUGAAUGAUAGCAUCAAUUCGAUGGAGAGCUCAAAGGAUUUGUGCAGCGCCUUGACCACGCUGCAGAUCAAUAAAGACCGGAAAGUGAACGUAGAAACAUCGACUUUGAAUCCUCUAGCAGCGGAAUUCGUACCGUCGAUCGUACCAGCAUUGUCCCCCUAGGCUAACCCAGAGAUCUCUCUAUUCGUUUGCAUCUUCCGUUACAAAAUACAGACAGACACACCCACAGUACAUUGAAACACAAACAAACAUACAGUCACACUCCAGAGAUAGGCCAAACGUAAAGAAUACUCAAGUUGCAAACAAAAUGAGCAGGAAGAAUGGAAGAGAACGAAAAAAACGUUAACAAUACUUCCUAACUGGGGAAUGCACCCAUCAAACUGUUACAAUUGCGUUUACUUUUCCAUGAAAAGUAACGUUGAAUAUUGUUGCGAGGACUGGACAGGAACACCCGAAUGGAUAAACGAAACGAUUCGCACUAAGGCACCGGAAUACUGGUUGGUUAGCGUAUACAAUAUUGAAAUUUCUUGAUCUCGUAUUCAGUGGCAGAAUUGAGAGCAAAAAAAAAAAGUAAAAAAGUAAAGCAAUGGUUAAUAUUUCCGCGUAGCACAUUCUUCAUCAUUGGCGAAGAAAUUGAAUUAACUCUGAAUAAGUAGGGUUCAAGUAUGUAUUUGGAGGCUAACUGUGACUAAAGCGUAAAAAAGUCCAAUAUAUUUACACACAAAAAAACUGGAUUUAUUGUGAAUAUUUUUUCGCAGAAUACGGAAAUGGUAUUAUUUUUUUCUCUUAUUUAAUAACAACGAAGUCUUGUGCUUGCUCUACACGGAUUUUUUUAUGUUUUCAGAAAUAGACUAGCUUUCAUUUAAAAAAAAAUGUAUAAAAUUUGGCUGCCUACCGAUUAUUAACAAUGUAUGUAAAAUUUUGACUAUCAACGAUAUUUUUUCAGGAUAAGUACUUUAGCAGUGUGACACCGGAACGCAUCCAAACCGGUUAGCGAAACGAAGCUUACAAUCUAAAAUUUAUUGUUUCUACAACCAGUCUGCCGGGCUUGAUUUAAAAAGUAGGAAAAAAAUAAAUUGUUGAAAUUUGGUGGCUAUGCCAUAGAUGAAAUGCACGAAAUGUUGCUGUGAAUCAUUGCGAAUUAUAGUUCCUUAGUUCAACAUGAGAAGCAUUUGCCACUAUGGACAUCAAAAAUCUGCAAAAAAAAAACUUAAAUUAUGAAAAAAUAAAAGCUGUUACUUCUAGUUUGGUAGUGAUCCAUUUAGAGUAACUGACAACAAAGUUGUUAAAGAAAUUCAAAUUCAAUACACUGCUUUCUUCUACAUUUCUUUUGCGAAAUAGUGUAUUAAACACUGAAAUAUCCGUUGAAAUGGUUUCAUUUGCUUUCGUAGCAUUACUCUAGGUGUUGCAGUUAAACUGCCGUUAUAGUGGCAACUAUGUAGAGAGAAUUUCUAAAUUAAAUAAUGGAACAUAGGUAAUACCGCAGGUAGAAUUACACAAAAUUGGUGUCGAGUCGGAAAAAAACAGAAUUCCAAAUCGUACAAGGAAAUGAGUAAUUUUUUAAUCUUCCUUCCGUCAGUGAUUUCGGAGGGAAGCUAUCCCUUCAUUCGUAUUUUUCAAUCAUUUAGAUUUGUCAUAUUUUACCAACGACGAACAGCGCGUGUGCUACUAGCUAGCGUGGCAAUCGGCAACGAGAGGAGUGAAAUUUGUAAAAUCAUGUCCCUGCAUUUAAAACGAAGGAGAAAAAAUAUUCAGUUUUAGUCCUUCCUGUUUUAUAGUGUUUUUUUUUAUUUAUAAAAUAAUUAGGAUAGCAGCGCAAAAAAUACGUUCUGCGUGUAAGAAAAAUAAGUUCAAACAUCAAUCGUGUGAUAAUAAUAAUAAAAAGUAAUAAAAAUCUC